AAAAUCUAUUAUACAUUAAGAUUUAACAGCCAUAACCUUAGCCCUUAGCCAUUAUUCGAGGUUUUAUAAAGUUUUUUCAUUUUUUUUUCUUGUUCUUCUUCCAUUGGAAAGUCGAAACCCACCCGACCUUUCUACCCAUUUUGUUCUCUUUGAAACCCAGCAAUUCAUUUUUCUCUUUGUUUGAUUUGUGAACGGCGGUAGCUUCGCGAGAACCAGGUUGUUGUUUCAAUCAUCAUGGAGGCCAAGUUCUUUCGCUUGCUUAAAAUUGUUGGAGUUGGGUACAAAGCCAGAGCUGAAGCCGAGGGACAACUUUUAUUUCUCAAAUUGGGAUACAGUCAUGAGGUUGAACUUACUGUUCCUCCAGCUGUCCGGGUUUUCUGCUUCAAAAACAAUGUAGUUUGCUGCACCGGACUUGACAAGCAGAGGGUGCACCAAUUUGCUGCUACAGUUAGAAGUUGCAAGCCUCCGGAAGUUUACAAAGGCAAGGGUAUAAUGUACAUUGAUGAAGUUAUCAAGAAGAAGCAAGGAAAAAAAUCAAAAUGAUGGCUGAAGUGCAUGAUAAUUUUUUUGCAAAUAUGUAUUGGCAAGUUUAUGUGAUUGGAAAUUGCUGUCUAAACAAAAUCUUGGUGAAUUUUUUUUUCCUUCUCUUCCUUUUAAGGUAAUGAUAGGCAUUUUGAAUUUCUUAACUAGUGCAGUAGUUUUUGAGUCAGUAAAUCACUUUUUUCUGAUGUGUUGGA